UGCGUGUGUCUGUGCAGGGGUGCAUGUGCACGCACUGAGUGCACAGGGCCUUGCUGCUUGUCCAGAGCCCUUUGCCCUGCUGGGAGCAAGUAGACAGACACCCGCGUGCGGGCACACACGUGGCUCUGCUCGGUGCGGCUGGCACGACAGUCGUGCUGGGGAGCAGACGGCAUCCUGGCGUGUGGGCGGCUGGGGAUGAGGUUGCCUCUCACCCCAGCAUCCCCUCUGGCACGGGGUGACGCUCUCUGCCGUUUUCUUCUCGCCCUGCUCCUUGGCCCCGGCCAGCCCCAUGCACCCGUGUCUGCUGCCAGGCCCUGGCCCCCAGCUGGGUUGGGGAAGCCUGACUCAGCUCAGGCGGCUCCUGCACGGGGUGUGUGGAUCUGCCCCAGGCUUGUGCUCUCCCCAGGGGCUGCUCUUGGUGCUGGGCGUUUCCAGGUGUGUGGAGCUGACACGGUGUCGGGCCCCGCGUCCUGGGGGAACUGUCUUGCUUGCAGUUGGGCCCCGAGGCUCUAGGAGGGGAAGCCUGAUGCGAUCUGUAACACUCACGGGGCACGACGCCCGCCGUCCACCCCCAGCGCCUUACUGCCACCCCACAGCUGUAUAGCCCCCCUCUGCAGUGACAUCUGUGCCCCCGGUCCCGGACACGUGUUCCCAAAGCUGGAUGACACGGCACCGCCGGAGGGAGACAGCCACCCUGUGCAUCCCGCCAGCUGUGCAGCAGCUGGACAAGUGAGCCAGCCUGCGGGAUACUGUUGGGCAGCUCACCAUUUCCCCUGACCCCUUCUGAGGUGUAGGGGAAGUCCUGCUUCCUGUCCCCCCCGCCACAGCCGGUGCAUGCCCGAGCUCGCUCGUAUCCAGGGCUGCCUCUUGCGGGCUGCUGCCCGCUGUCCUGACUGACCACCUGCCCGGCCCCUGGACCCGGGGCAUCUCCCCCUCUCCUUUCGGGUCAGCUGGCACCGCGCAUCUGUUGUUUUUGCAGCAGUGACGCCUGCGGGAGCCCUGCUCAGACCCCGUUGCUCCGGGCUUCUUCCUGGGCAGUGCCCACUGCCUCUGACCACCAGGCUUGGGGUCUCCUUGGGGAACACGGUCAGGCGUGGACCCAUCACCUGGGUGAGCACCCGGGCGUGUGCAUGUGUGUGCUUACCCCAGCUGUGCAGGAGGGCAGGGCUGUCCUGCAGAGACACACAUGUGCCGAGGGCCUGCGCGGGCCGGUGUUAGUUGUGCCUGGGCCCCUGCAUCCUUUGUGAUGAGCUGGGCCUGGCGCUUUCUCCUGCUUGCCUUUCCUGCAGCAGUAUUAGCUGUCUCGCCGUCUCUGCAGAGGAAUGGGCCUUUACUCCUGGUGGACUUCCUUUUGUCCCUUAUGCGCUUAAAAAUGAGACCGUUCCUAGCCCUGCCUUUAGCUUCCCUUACCGGCGUCCUGCAUGCCAGAACUCCUGGUUUAUUUUGGUCGCUGUCUGUCCUCAGGGUUCCCUUGCUUUUUAUAUCAAAUUGCUGCCCCCGCUUUCCUCUCGCACCCAAGACAGGUGCUUCGCCAAAGCCACGCUCCUUCUUGGCUGCGGCGCCAUGGUCUUCCGGCCAUCUCGGUCCGGCUUUCCGCCGAUAUCUCCGUGAAUUCUUCCUCCUGGUCCGUUGGUGCUUGUAUUCCCCUCUCUGCUCCAGGAAGUCGGCCGUUGCGUGGCCCCCAGGAGACGUGGUGCUGCAUGGGACCGUCCCUGCUGACCGCAGUCAAAUUGUAACGAUGGUCCCGAAGCCGGCGUCCGGCUCUCAGGCAGCGAUCGCCCAUCUGUGUCCAUCCCCUUGAUGUCCAGACAGGCCCCUAGAAAACUCUGGCUCUGCUUCGCAGGGCACUGAUGAGGCCUCGUUGCAGCCUGGGUCUCCACACAAAGGCCGCUGGAAAGCCCUGCUUUCCUCCCCGUCUGCGAGAGCCGGUGCUGGGGGAGCAACCCAGCCCGACGCUGGGUCCAGAGCAGAUUCACAGCUCUCAGCCCCACGUGCACCCAGGAUCCCACGGCUGAGCUCUCGGUGCCUUGACGGCAUCACGCUUCCACCCCGCCAUGGCCGGUACGGGAACGGGGGUGGGAAGACCAGGAUCCAGGAUCCCGUCUGGAGGGUGUCCGGCACCAGAUGGCACAAAGGAAGCUCAGGCAAAGAAGAGAAGGAAGAAAACACCUACGAGACGAUGAAAAUGGAGGGAUCGCGAGGCCGCCUGCGCGGAGGCCUGGGCUGGGAGUCGAGCCUGCGCCAGAGGCCCAUGCCGCGCCACACCUUCCAGGCCGGGGACCCCUACUACAUCAGCAAGAGGAAGCGGGACGAGUGGCUGGCCCGCUGGAAGCGUGAGACUGAUAACCCGCCGGCCUCCCAGCUUCACAAGGCUGAGAAGAAGGCCAAGGUCAUCGCCGUGAUGAACGUGGUGGAGGAGACGCCCCGGGCAGAGACCCAGAAGGAGGAGGAGGCCAGCCCGCCUGCCUCGCAGCAGCCCACCGACCCUGCCUCGCCCAAUGUGGCCACCACGCCUGAGCCAGUGGUGGCCGACGCCGUGGACAAGAGCACGUCCAAGUCGGCUGACGACGAGCCGGAGUAUGAGGAUGGCCGCGGCUUCGGUAUCGGUGAGCUGGUGUGGGGCAAGCUGCGCGGCUUCUCUUGGUGGCCCGGGCGCAUCGUGUCCUGGUGGAUGACGGGGCGCAGCCGCGCGGCCGAGGGCACCCGCUGGGUCAUGUGGUUUGGAGACGGCAAGUUCUCGGUGGUCUGCGUGGAGAAGCUCCUGCCCCUCAGCUCCUUCUCCAGCGCCUUCCAUCAGGCCACCUACAACAAGCAGCCCAUGUACCGCAAAGCCAUCUACGAGGUCCUGCAGGUGGCCAGCACCCGGGCAGGGAAGAUCUUCCCGGCGUGCCCCGAGAACGACGAGACGGACACGUCCAAGGCGGUGGAGAUCCAGAACAAGCAGAUGAUCGAGUGGGCUCUGGGGGGCUUCCAGCCAUCGGGGCCCAAGGGCCUGGAGCCGCCAGAAGAGGAGCGCAACCCCUACAAAGAAGUUUACACAGAGAUGUGGGUGGAGCCAGAAGCCGCCGCCUACGCCCCCCCUCCGCCCGCCAAAAAGCCCCGGAGAAACACAACGGAGAAGCCGAAGGUCAAGGAGAUCAUUGAUGAGCGCACCCGAGAGCGGCUCGUGUACGAGGUGCGGCAGAAGUGCAGGAACAUCGAAGAUAUCUGCAUCUCCUGCGGGAGCCUCAACGUCACCCUGGAGCACCCGCUCUUCAUCGGAGGGAUGUGCCAAAACUGCAAGAACUGCUUUCUGGAGUGCGCGUACCAGUACGACGACGACGGCUACCAGUCCUACUGCACCAUCUGCUGCGGCGGGCGCGAGGUGCUCAUGUGCGGGAACAACAACUGCUGCAGGUGCUUCUGCGUGGAGUGUGUGGACCUGCUGGUGGGCCCCGGCGCGGCCCAGGCGGCCAUCAAGGAAGACCCCUGGAACUGCUACAUGUGCGGGCACAAGGGCAUCUACGGGCUGCUGCGGCGGCGAGAGGACUGGCCUUCCCGCCUGCAGAUGUUCUUUGCCAACAACCACGACCAAGAGUUUGACCCGCCAAAGGUUUACCCGCCAGUCCCGGCUGAGAAGAGGAAGCCCAUCCGCGUGCUCUCGCUCUUCGACGGGAUUGCCACAGGUCUGCUGGUGCUGAAGGAUCUGGGCAUCCAGGUGGAUCGCUACAUCGCAUCAGAGGUGUGCGAGGACUCCAUCACCGUGGGCAUGGUGCGGCACCAGGGCAAGAUCAUGUACGUCGGGGACGUGCGCAACGUCACCCAGAAGCACAUACAGGAAUGGGGCCCCUUUGACCUGGUGAUCGGAGGAAGCCCAUGCAAUGACCUCUCCAUCGUCAACCCUGCCCGGAAGGGCCUGUACGAGGGCACCGGGCGGCUCUUCUUCGAGUUUUACCGCCUCCUCCAUGAAGCCCGGCCCAAGGAGGGCGACGACCGGCCCUUCUUCUGGCUCUUCGAGAACGUGGUGGCCAUGGGCGUGAGCGACAAGCGGGACAUCUCGCGCUUCCUCGAGUCCAACCCCGUGAUGAUCGAUGCCAAAGAGGUGUCUGCCGCGCACCGGGCCCGGUACUUCUGGGGUAACCUUCCCGGUAUGAACAGGCCCCUGGCAUCGACCGUGAACGACAAGCUGGAGCUGCAGGAGUGCCUGGAGCACGGCAGGAUAGCCAAGUUCAGCAAAGUGCGAACUAUCACCACUCGCUCCAACUCCAUCAAGCAGGGCAAGGACCAGCACUUCCCCGUCUUCAUGAACGAGAAGGAGGACAUCCUGUGGUGCACGGAGAUGGAGAGGGUCUUCGGCUUCCCAGUCCAUUACACAGACGUGUCCAACAUGAGCCGCCUGGCCAGGCAGAGACUGCUGGGCAGAUCCUGGAGCGUGCCAGUGAUCCGCCACCUCUUUGCUCCCCUGAAGGAGUAUUUUGCCUGCGUCUAGAGGGGACGCGCGCGCAGGAACUGGUGCCGCGGAGCUCCCCGCAGCCGCCACCGCCCAGGAGAGCAGCGACCACGCGGACGACAGAAGAAUCAGCACCCGGACGCCAGCACGGGCCCGCCCUGGCCGGGCCCCGGCGCCCCCACGAGGCCGCCCGCGCCGCCCCCCCACAUUCAGCUUUUAGCCUAUUUAAAAAGAAAAAAAAAGGAAAAAAAAGAAAACGAAAGAGAGAGAGAGAGAGAGAGAAAGCAAGAAAAAAGCCAAGCCUUUUUUUUUGGUAACCCUUUAAUUCCCCACUCGUUUCUGGACGGGUCUUUCUGCGAGCUUGGUUCCCGCGGCUCCCGGCCGCCAGCAGAGACGAGGGAGGGCUUCCCCCUCCGGGGCG